AAUCUUACAGUAUGUUCUAACUUUUUCAUUUUAUUUAAGUGAUACAUAGCCAUAUACUAAUUAAGCAAUUUUUUGCGGUCUAGUCAAAAUUAAAUCAGUUGAAUUUUAUUUCAGAAAGUGGUAAUGGUGGAGCAACUACUUCAUCUUCAUCAACUUCAUCUGUUAUUACUUUAGGAGGCCAUGAUAGUCAAUCUUUAAUGACUGCCAAUACUUCAUACUUUGAACCAUCAGUAUCAGGUACUGGGUCGACAUCUUCAGGAGAUUCAAGUGCGCCCUUACUUUUAAGUUUUUGGCAGUCAAAUUCCGACACUGAUAAUUUAAGUAGUAAUAAUUCUAAUUCAACUACAAAUAAUACUACAAAUAAUAAUUAUUCUACUAUUUUACCAUCUUCAACUUCAACUAUACUUCAUAAAUCGUAUAGUACUUCCACUACUGGUAAUAAUAUUUCUUGUAAUGAAAUGUUAACUAGGAAUAAUUCCGAAACUUUAAUUGGAACAAAGAAAACUAGAAGUCAAUCAAUUAUGAAUAUUAAUGCUCCAAGUUAUUAUCCUAGUUAUAAUUCUUCAACUAGUAGUACUUUAGGAAGUGGGGUGGCAAAUCUCAAUACUAAUAUUAAUUAUUCGAGUUAUUCUAAUCACGCUGAUUUUGAAACCUCUCCACUCUCAAAUCCUGCUCUUCCUAAUAAUUCUAAAUAUAUGUUUGGUAGUACUAACAGUACUACCAAUACUCAAUCUUCUCAAUUGGAUUACGGAUAUUAUUCAAAUUCCCUUAUUCCAAAUAGUUCUAGUAUUGCAGAAAACUUGUAUAAUGACAGUCAAACACUGCAACAACAAUCAUUUCAAUUGAAUCUUCAACAGCAACAUCAACAAAUGGCUCAGCAAUCUCAAUCAUCACAAUCUCGUCCAAAUGUUCAACAACAUUAUCAAGUUCAAGGCAAUCAAUCGCAAAACCAGCAAUAUGGUCUGAGGUCAUAUGAAUCAUUGAAAGAAGACUAUAAACAACUUAAGGUUGAUUUGAUCUUAAAAAACCAAAUCAUUAAGAAUUUAACUGAUCAAUUAAAUUUAAUUAGUAAAUUAAAGACUAAAGCUUUACAUGAGAUAAUGAAUAAUAACACUAACACUAGUACUAAUAAUAACAAUUCUAAUACCGGAAAUAACAAUAGUAACAAUAAUGUUUUGAAAGUUUCUAAGAAUCAUUACCAAUUAUUCCAAGAUUUAUCGAGAACAUUACAAGAGAAGACUAUUGAAUUAGAAGAAACUAAAACUAGAUUGGAGGCAGUAUUAGUUGGCCUAAGUAUCAGUAAUCAAGAAGGCAGUGGAAAUUCCAAUAUCAUUAAUCAAGGGAAAUAUGAUCCACAAGAGAUUAGUCAUAAAAUAGUUAAUAAAUUACAAGUAUUAAGUAAUGAAAAUGAUACCUUAAUGAAAUUAAUCAGUUUUGGUAAUAAAUCAAGUUUAUUGAUUGAAUUAGGUUUAUUAAAACGCGAAAACAAUUUAUUGAAAGAAAAGUUGCAAAAAUAUGAAAAUUGAUUUAAAAAGGUUAAAAUUCUAUUAAUAGAAAUUUAGCUACAAUUAUUGUACUACAUUAUGUUACCAUUCUGUUUUCAAUCAUUUGUUGCUUUUAUUGUUAUAUGCGCAGUUUAAAUUCAAAUUUAAUUGUCUUGACUUCCUGGCUCUUAUAUUUUGCAUUCGAUGUAUUUUUUUUAUCCUCCUAUUUAUUGUCAUUUGCAUUCAAAUUCUUUAUUAUAUUAUUAAAUUUUAUUUUAGUUUGAGUUUCUUAAUACUUAAUUUGCUUCUAUUUUGCUUCAACACUAUUUACUCAAAUUUAUAUAUUUAUUCUAAUCAUCAAUGG